AUGUCAUCAGCAUAUACACGGCCUGGCUAUGGCGUAUACAAGACAAUGUGCGGGCAUUGGGCGGAGCGGGCCAGAGCCACAUCCCACGAGGCAGAACGCGUGCGUGGGCGUUUCGUUUACGGAACAAGGGAGGACAAGGAGACUUCCCGUUUUGGAUACACCCCAUGUCAACUCUCUACGCCCCAUACCCGCCCAUACCCCGCCGCAGGACCUGCACAAACAAUAUCCACAUUGACCAGUGACAUGUCCCUGCGAGUCAACACUGUGUCUAGCACGUCCUCAGGCUAUUCCCUCUUUUCGACCGGUACCGCAUCUCCGAACGCGUUUGGGCUGUGGGGGCAUGAUGCGCGCGAGACGUACGAGCAAGUCGACCCACGGGAAGAGCCUGCGCCGGAUAAAGAGCUGGUUUGCGCACUAAGCAGCUCUGAGUCGCAUCAAGAACCCUUCAGCCCUCGAUGUACAGCUUGA